AUGACUUAUGAAGAGAAGCUAGACAAAGAGGAACUCAUGAGCUGCAAAGGCAACAAGUGGUCCAUCAGCGAUACAACCACAGCCGUCCCUACUAUCACACAUCCAUUUAGCCCAAGCAAGUCAUUAUUCCUCGAUGCGCACGGUAUCCGCCUCAUUCGACUCCCACUUCCAUCCUCAGAGCUAGAGAUCCCGAUUCAUAACGCCGAUGGAUCGCUCGCAUAUACCUCCAAGCGCAGCAAGCGCAGUUCAGGGGAUGCAACGCUUUCAUCGCCCGAAAUAGGAGAGCUUCUCAGCACCUCGUACUUUUUCGGACCAAAUCGAGACCCGGUCAUUCAACCGGCGAGCAAGGGAUUGCAAGCCGAUGGCAUCCCAGAAGACUCUCCUCCCACCAUCAGAGUCACCAGUGAAUGGAAGUCGCGGACUCAGUACUUCACUACCAUCUAUGGGGAUUCGUUUCAGUGGCGAUAUAUCAGGUGCGACGAUCCUAGAUGGGUGUGUAAGAAGCUUUUGGUGUUGGAGAAGGUGAAGAAUAGCGUUGCUAGCCGACGUAUUGCCCAGUUGGUAAGAAAUGAGGCUACGAGGCCGGAAGGGACGUCGAAGUGUACGGCGGGUAAUGGAGGAGAGCUAAUGCUGGAUGGCGAGGCGAUGGGCGCUGAAAUCGACGAAGCACUGGUUGUGGCAACGUGUCUGCUGAUGCUGAAAAAGGAAGUUGACCGGAGGAGGAUGAUGCAGAUGAUGGUUGUUUGUGGAAUGUUCUCGGGAGGUUCAUGA